UGGAACUUGAACAUGUUGAAACUGACAGAUUUUGGAGAUGAGUGCUAAGAAAGUUUCAGCUUUUGCUGCAUUAGGCUCAAAAAUAAAGGCGGCUGGUGGGGAGACUCGCGUUGGCAAAGUUGUCAAGAAACAUGCGAUGGCUGAGAAACAGAAGAAAAUUGGCAAGAAGUUUCGGCAAUCCCUCCGAGUCCGAAGGAAAAGCUACCAGCCAGACUCGACCGGUAACCAUCAAGAGACUACCGGCAGGCGUGCGAGAGGAUCGUCACUGAGCCCUGAGCUUGGCAUCAAGGCAGAGGUGACGGAAACAUUGCAAAAUGGCAGAAGGGGUAUAAAGAAAAAGAACAGCAAUGGAACUGCCUCUCCUCCUACCAAACGGAAGUACGUCACCAAACAGCAGCCAGUCAAGACUGACAUUCGCUAUCACGAGGAACCAGGAACAUCAGUGACGAUGCUCCUGCAGGAACUGCCCGCCCCAGGCACAGACAGCGCUGUGGAAGCCGAGAAGUUGUUCCAGUGGCUCAUCAACCCAGUCACACCGGAGGAUUUCUUCAGUGGUCUAUGGGAGAAGAAGCCAUUGUUACUGAAGAGACACAUGCCGGACUACAACUCUGACCUUUUCAGCUCUCAAGAACUCCACAACAUCCUGCGAGAGAAUGACCUCCAAUUCACCACCAACAUCGAUGUGACGACCUACACCGAUGGCAAGAGGGAGACCCAUAACCCUGUCGGUAGAGCUCAUGCACCUGUGGUUUGGGACUUCUAUAAGACUGGUUGCUCAGUACGGUUUCUCAAUCCACAGUCAUAUUCCGAUGCAGUGUGGAAGUUCAACUCCAUGCUUCAGGAAUACUUUGGAAGCUUCGUUGGGGCGAACAUAUACUUGACCCCGGCUGGCUCCCAAGGCUUUGCUCCCCAUUAUGAUGACAUUGAGGCCUUCGUCUUGCAGCUGGAAGGCAAGAAACACUGGAGAUUGUACAGCCCAAAGAACUCCAAAGAAGUCUUGCCCAGAUUCUCAAGUGCUAACUUUACCCAAGAGGAGAUCGGUGAGCCAAUAUUUGACACCGUCCUGGAGCCUGGUGAUCUGCUGUAUUUCCCAAGAGGGACAAUUCACCAGGCAACCACACCAAAAGACAGCCAUUCCCUGCACAUGACGUUGUCGACGUGCCAGCGCAACACGUGGGGGGAUCUGCUGGAGAAACUCCUGCCCCAGACGCUGCAGGCUGCACUGAGUAAUGACCCUGAGCUACGACAGUCACUCCCUAGGGAUUACAUGCAGUAUACAGGCAUUGCCAACUCGGAAUCGACUGACCCUCGGAGAAUAGCCUUUCUCAAGAAGGUUGGUGAGAUGAUGAUAAAGCUAGCCCAAUAUGCAGCAAUGGACGACGCCGCUGACCAGAUGGCUAAGGGAGCCAUGCACGACAGUCUGCCGCCAAAACUGACCCAAGAUGAGCAUGCAUGCAGCAUAUUUGGCAACGGACCUGUGUGCAACAACGGGAGCGUGUCAAAUGAAGUAGAAAUAGAUGAGGACACACAGAUCCGAAUAGUGCGACGGGGAGUGGUCAGACUGAUUGUCGAAGAUGACCAAGUCCGUGUUUACCACACAUUGGAGAACUCACGAGUGUAUCACAGCAAGGAGCCACAGUUUGUUGAAAUACCUGCGGAGGCUGCCUCAGCUGUGGAGUUCCUGCUGCACACCUACCCUGCCUUUACGACUGUCGGCAGUCUGCCGUUAGUUGACGACUGGAAAGACAAGCAAGUGGAAUUGGCGCAGGUUUUUUACGAGAAAGGCAUAGUGGUCACCGAGAAGCCCUUACAGCCUGUUUGACUGAACACGCCAGCAACUGAUACCUGUGAAUCGUAACUUGUCAUUUCAUUUUUAAAUUGAACUAAGCUAAGCUUUUCUGUAAACUUCAGGUAUCAAUUUCUGAUACAUAUUGUGUAGUAGUCGGUCUCUGGUCAGUGCGCGUCGGUUUUAAUCAUGCUCUUUAAUUUUUUUUCUUCAAAUUUUCUGCGGUAGCUACAAUAGCACCCUCUAUUGCCGCACCACCUCAAAUUUUCAUGGACAGCUCGACCUGGGGAAGGGUACAAAGGCAAAUGGAGGGCACCAAGGCAAAUGAUGGAGGACACUAAGGAAUAUGAGGACACAAACAAGCAAAAUAGUGCCCACCUU